AUGGACCAGCUAGCACAGCUGCAUCACCACCUGGAACAUCCAGGUAUUGAGAAAACCUAUUACACGAUUAAGGAUUGGAUAAAAGUCCCAAACCUGAAAGAAGUACUCAAGAAAGUACAAAAAGCCUGCAACGAAUGCCAACGAUAUAAGAAACAGCCUACCACGAGUAAAGGCAAACCACUAGGGGUAUUGGCCACUACAGAGCCAUUCGAACACAUAUGCACGGAUAUCGUGGGACCGUACAAUACCUAUCUCAACAAACGGAGGGAGGAGAGCAAGAAACUCUUUGUAAUUUCUAUCACCGACCGCUGGAUCAGAUGGACCAAACUAAAAGUCAUACGAAAGAUUUCGUCGCGAACAGUUGUUCAAGCCCUACGUGAAUGGAUAGAGGAACACGGAGUUCCCAAGGCCAUCCUACACGAUCAAGGACGGCAAUACGUCUCGACCAUCACGCAGACAUUCCUACAGCAGCACGAAAUUAACUCCAUCAAGACAACUCCGUUUAAUCCAACUGGAAACGGAAUAUCGGAACGCCUGAACAAGGAAAUUACCUUUGUUCUAGCAGUAAACCAAGAACUCACUCAGAGAGAAGCAGCGCGACGCGCUAUGCUCAGAUUGAAUUACACCUACCACAAAGGACUGAGGUGCACCCCAUACGAGCUGGUGUAUAACUCCCAUCCUAUCGAUAAGGACCAACAGAUCACACCACACCAUGAGGUGAUGAACAAAAUUAAGCAGCGUAAUGCCAAGUCAUUGCAUUUGGAAAAUUCAAUCUUAAGGCCUGACCAGUUAGUGAAACUGAGUCCAGGAAAUCCUGUGUACCAUAAGGUACCGAAUCCGCAAGGAAAAUUAAGUGUCCAAUGGCGAGGACCUUUCCUUAUUCACGAUUGUGAUCUGACCAAAGGGAUCCUGACAUACCGCCAAGGUAACAAGCUGGUGCAAACGAACCUGCACCAGGUCCGAGCACCAUAA